AUGAUUGUAAAUAAAGUUCGAACGAUUCUUCGAAUUAUUUUGAAGAUUACUCCAACCAAAACGUUGAUCGAUUUUGGUGAUUUGCGUUCAGCUCCAGAUUGUCACGCAGAAUGUAUUGGAUGCACGGAAUCACGAUCAGCAGUUAGCUGUUUUUCUUGCAGACAUUUCACACAAUCCUUGCGUAAUCGUGCAGGGUUCAAAUGUGUGGCCAAGUGCGAUGAAGGGUACUUCCUAGAAGGGUAUAAAUGUCGUGCAUGCAGUCCAAAUUGCAAAACAUGCAUCAAAGCAGAACAGUGCGAAACAUGCCCAGGCGCGCAACUCUUAAUCGAUGUAAAUCAUUACGGACACUUGGAUCACGGACAAUGCAUCGAUACAUGUCCACCUGAACUCGAGCCGGACUAUACAAUAGCAGUGCAGGCACGUUGUGUACUGAAAAGGAAUAAAUGCUCCAUUGGAUAUUAUGAGGCAACAAAUUCUGUGUGUACGCCAUGUGAUGAUGCAUGCAGGAUAUGCCAUGGUCCUGGACCUUUGCAAUGUGAUUCGUGUGCCCCAAACUUCAGUAACCGAUCAGUAGGAUAUUGUCGACCAUGUUGCAGAGCGGGCGAGGAUCCAAUGCUACAUCAUUGCGAGGAUUGCACUUUGUUAUCACCAGAAGUACAUGGAAUGCAUUCAUCAGUGUUUCAUAUAUUGCUUUUCACAAUCAUUGUUCUGACUUUGUGUGUUAUCGUUUCUGUAUUCAUUAUAAAAAUUGGUAUUGGUAGUUCUUCGAGUCGUACUGAUCGAAAUAUCGAUUAUGCUCCUUUACCAGCCAAAGAACAGGUGAUCGAUUCGUUUGCAGAUACAACUGAUUCUGAGUCUGCCGAUGAACUCAAUGAUAAAAAUGAAUUCGAAAACUCAUGA